UCGCCGCCUUCGGAGGGGACCCCCAUCUGGUCACCAUCUUUGGAAACAGCGCAGGGGGCGCCUGCGUCGGUCUGCACCUCCUCUCCCCCAUGGCCCGAGGUCUGUUCCAGAGGGCCAUCGCCCAGAGCGGGUCUCCGAUUGGCGAGUGGGCGGUGCAACGGCGGCCCCGGAUGUACGUGGAACGCCUCGCCCGGAAACUGCAGUGUCCCGAUACGUCGUCCAGCCACACGAUCUUGGACUGCUUGAGGAGCCAGGACGUCCAAACCAUCGUGGAUAAGAGCGAAGAUGCCAGCCUGGAGGACUCCCUGAUGCUGCAGUUCGCCCCCAGCGUGGACGGCCGCUUCCUGCCCGACCACCCCACGGCCCUGCUGCAGAGGGAGGGCGCCCUGGGGCCCGGGCCCCCGCCCCAGACGCUGGUCGGAGUCACGAGGGACGAGCUCGAAGUAUGGAUGACCAAGUCGUACCAGGACAAGGACCCGUCGACGAUCAAGUUCACGAGGGAGCUACUGCGCAGGUACCUGUUGCAUCUGGUGCGCAGGGAGCUGGCGUCCGGGGCGGCGGCGGACGUACUGCUGCACGCAGUGUACACGGAGUACGUGUACAGGCACGCCCCACAGCGUAGGAGGCAGCAGAACGGAACUGAGCCCCGGCGCGAAGACGGAGCCGCCCUGCCCGACAUCAGGACGCUUGGCAAGAUCAUUAGCGACAUCGACCUGAAGGCGCCGUCCGUGCGCUUGGUGGAGCUCCUCACCCUCCAUCCGGGAACGUCCGUCUACCUGUACGAGUUCGAUUACGCCAGCUCAGACGACGUCAUUGCCGCCAAAUACGUGGGUGCAAAUAACCUCUUUGUUGCAGGCUCGUACCACGAGAGCGAGCUGUACUACCUGUUCGGCUUCCCCCACUUCGGCCUGGAGAACGCCCUGCGAUUGCCUCAGGACAAACAGGUCUCGGACACCAUGAUCCGGCUCUGGACCAACUUCGCCCGGACGGGAGAGCCCACUCCGGCCGAGAGCAACCGGUCAACCGGUUUCUGGUGGCGCCCCUACACCCAGGACGACGACUGCUUCGCCAGCCUGGGGCUGGAGCCGUUCGUGGCCCGGUCCUACGAGUCGGAGCGAAUGACCUUCUGGAACCACUUCGUGCCGCUCUUCACCGAGUACCCGGUCAACCUGAGCGCCAACCGGUCCGCCCCGCACCACCUGUUCGCCGGACUGAGCUGCGACCGGACGGUGGUGCUCGCGCUGCUAGCUUUACUCGUCGUCUGCUCGCUGCUCCUCUGCUGCUCGGCCACGGCGAUCGUCUGCUGCUGCAGGAAGAAGAGGACGGUUCUGGAAGAGAUACCGGUGCCCGUAUGAAGAAUGGCGGGGGGCGAGGCGGGAGCGUUGACGACCACCUCGCACUGUUCUGCGAUUAUAUGCUCAUAUUGAGAUGGAGUUCGAAACGCUGUCGAGUAACCGCUGUAUUCACCAUUAACUGAACUACGCGUUUAAGCGCUAAACCUGGGGUUAUCCCCUUCUUCUGUAUU